AUUACGUAGGAACGUGAAAUUUCUUUGUUCCCGAUUAUAAAAAUUUCACUAUUAAUGUAAUCAGUUCAAUGAGUGAGUCAAAUAGAUAAGAAACCGAUGGAAUCACAAGCUUGAUUACAUUUUAGUUAUUAUCGACCGGGUAGUGUUAAUGAACCCUGCAAGGCCAAAGCCUCCUCGAGAUAACUCUAUAAAACCUUUUAGUUUUAUGGAUUCCGUUUCAUUCCGCAACAAAAUAAUUCGAUAUCGAAUAUCUUUACGACACUCGAGUGGCGACCGUGUACUUAUAUAGUACACUCAUAAUUUCAACAUUUUAAACAAUACAGCCGACGCCAGCCAUGCCCUAGGCGCCUGCGCAGAGGAUUAUGUGCCUAUAGGUACCUGUGCUCAUGUGAACGAUAAGUGCUAAAACUAAAAAUGGGAAGCGGAAAGUUUGGUUUUCAAGUCAAAAAGGACAAAGUGAACAAUAACAUGGGUGCCCCUAAGACUGAGUUUAGUGUUAAGGAAAAGUGUCACAAAAUACAGAAAAAACUAAAGAAGACUGAAAAUAAGAAGACUGAAGCAAACACACGAGAAAAGACUAUCUGGUGGAACCAAUGCAACAGUUUGAGCGAAAUCGACCAGUACCUAUGGAUGGUGGGUGGUUCGGCUGGUGCGCUGGCGCUGACCGGCGUCGCCGCCGCCUCCGCCUUCUACCUCAGCACGAGGCCGAAACCUGAGAAGCCACUCGUCACACUCCACGAACAGAGCCUGCUAGAGACAGGCCCCGAAAUGGUUCGUGUGUCGAAAUUCUACAAAGAAGCGAAAAAUGGUCGUUUUCUUCGCUACUUACACGAGGAUACACGCACACUUUAUGAAACUUUCCGACGGGGCGUCAAAGAAUCAAAUAAUGGCAAUUGCCUGGGUUGGCGCGAGGGACCAAAUAAGCCAUACAUAUGGCAAACGUACAAUGAAACUUUGCUGCGAGCGAAGAACUUCGGUUCUGGCCUCAUAUGCCAAGGACUCGUUCCUGGACAAAACACAUUUGUUGGUAUAUAUUCACAGAAUUGCCCUGAAUGGAUAAUGACAGAACAAGCAGCUUACUGUUAUUCAAUGGUCAUUGUACCACUGUACGAUACUCUUGGAGCUAAUGCAUGUGCCUUCAUUGUUAAUCAAACCGAAAUGACUGUAGUUAUUUGUGAAGACGACAAAAAAGCUAAUCUGCUUCUCGAUCAGUCGCCUAGAUGUUUGAGAAAACUUAUAACCAUUAAGGAGGUUUCUCCGUCUACCCAUCAAAGAGCGAGGAGCCGAGGCGUUGAAAUCAUUAAGUUCAGCGACGUAGAAAUACAAGGAGCACAAAAGGACCACCCCUGCAUGCCACCGAAACCAGAAAGUCUGUGCACAAUCUGUUAUACAUCGGGAACGACAGGUAUGCCCAAAGGCGUGAUGUUGACGCACGAGAAUGUGGUGGCGUCGAUGUGCAGCGUGAUCAUGCAGCUCGGCGAGCACAGGCCCACCAAGCAUGACGUCAUGGUCUCCUUCUUGCCACUCGCGCAUAUGCUGGAGCGAUGUUGCGAGAAUGCUCUCUACAUGGUAGGAGGAGCUGUAGGCUUCUACAGUGGCGACAUUCGGCGGCUAGGCGACGACCUAACUGCGCUGAAGCCGACCAUGAUGCCCGCGGUACCCAGACUACUGAACAGACUCUACGACAAAGCGCAAUCUGAGAUAUCCAACUCGAAGAUAAAGAAGUUGCUCUUCAAUAUGGCGCUUUCAGCCAAGGAGUCGGAACUAAAGAGAGGCAUAGUCCGCAGCGACUCUGUGUGGGACAAACUGGUGUUCCGCAAGGUGCGCGAGGGCAUGGGCGGGCGCCUGCGCAUCAUGGUGGUGGGCUCCGCGCCGCUCGCCGGGAACGUCAUCACCUUCGCACGCUGCGCGCUCGGCUGUCUGAUCGUGGAAGGCUACGGUCAGACUGAGUGCACGGCGCCGGUUACUCUCACAGUUCAGGGCGACCACGUGCCUGAACAUGUCGGACCUCCCGUCGCUUGUUGCAAAGUGAAGUUAGUGGACGUGCCGGAGAUGGAGUACUACGCGUCGCAGGGCCAGGGCGAGGUGUGCGUGCAGGGCGCCAACGUGUUCAAGGGCUACUUCAAGGAGCCCGAGAAGACGCGCGAGGUCAUCGACCACGACGGCUGGCACCACACCGGGGACGUCGGCAAGUGGCUGCCGAAUGGUACCUUGAAGAUCAUUGACAGAAGAAAACACAUCUUCAAACUGUCACAAGGCGAAUACAUAGUUCCUGAAAAAAUUGAGAACAUCUACAUUAGGAGUCAAUACGUUGAACAAGUUUUCGUACAUGGCGAGUCAUUAAAGUCAUGUGUGGUGGCGGUGGUGGUCCCGGACGUGGACGUGGUGAAGUGCUGGGCGCUGGAGAACGGCAUCAAGGGCACGUUCUCCGCGCUCUGCGAGGACGCGCGCGUCAAGAAGAUGAUCCUCGAGGACAUGCUGCAGUGGGGCAGGAACGCAGGACUCAAGACCUUCGAACAGGUCAAGGACAUCUACCUUCACCCGGACCCAUUCUCAGUACAGAACGGUCUGUUGACUCCUACGAUGAAGGCGAAACGACCAGAGAUCAGAAGUUACUUCAAGCCACAGAUAGAAGACAUGUACAAGCAGCUUGAAUAACACCAGCACGCUGUAUGAUGGAGUGAGCGAAACUUUGGUGCGAGGCUGUACUUGAUUAGAUUGUAAAGCAGAGUGACUUUGUAGCUAUAGUAAGGAAAUAAGGGUGAAAUUUGAAUGUUGAAAUUUAUAAAGAUAAAUCAAUCGUAUGCUUAAAGAAGAUGAUAAAAUUCUUGUAGCUAUCGAAGAUUUUCGUAUCGACAUUGAAGAUGCAUACCAAACAGAUUUAACUCACCGGCAAAUCUUCAGCCAAUAAACCACUUAACUGCCGCAAAACUUUACUUGUUUUUAAUGUGUUUGCAUUUGGAUGCCGGCCAAGUUCAAUAACAAAAAACAAAACACAAUGAUUUAUGAGGUUAAGGAAGUUGGUAUAGGUCCAAACACAAUACAUUGGUUAACCGUGCCAAUUAGCGCAAUCGAUGACGUCACCAGACAAUGCUAAGCAAGUGGAUAUUGUGACGUGCCUCCGAAUGUUUCGGAUAGUAAAAACGUUUUAGUACUAUCUUUACUAUCGGUUCUACAUAAAUCGUUGGUGUUAACGGUUACGUUAAUGUUUGUUUGUACUGCGGUUUUGUUUUUAUCGUUUCUUUGAAGGCCGUCACUUUUGGUGGAAGCUUCAGUUAUUUCAUACUGUAGUUUACAUCAAUCGAUGGUUGAGCCAUUGAUCUAGAUUUCAGAUAUAUUUUUGCCGACAAUUUCGAAGUGGUUUGGCUGAAAGUAAGUCUUCUGUAAGGUGAAGUGUCGAUCAUUUACUUACUACAGCAACAAAGUCAUUCAAAACAGUGAAGUGCUGUCACAAUACUUUUCACUCAGCAUCCAGAACAAUACGUUCGCUAUAAUUUUAGUCCUUUCACUUCGCUAGCUAAACACUGCUAAAUUCAAAAUAAACAGAUUCAUUUAUCUGGCUUGACAUUGAGAAUAGUCUUUAAAAUCCUUUGAUUCAUAAAUAGAAGUCUAUUAUUGACACUGUAUAUAAUCAAAUUGAAUUUAUAGUAUGUAGGAUAAAUUCUUUUUUGCUCUUGGCAUAGCGGGGUAGUGGGGAAUCCUGGUCGAUAGCCCCGCCUUGGCGCGUCUGAUGAACAACGCGUCAUCAGUAUUUAUGGCAAUAAAUUCAGAAACAUCGUUUCUGUGCAGUCAAUUAAGAAGUUUAUCUUCAAAUGAACCCGUACUUAUAUAUUUUUCGUAACAAUGAUUUCAAUUAUUUACGAGAAAUCAGCGCUAUGUUGAAUACGGUAUACGUCGAUUAUUGAGAAUCGAUUUUUAAAAUCGAUUCCUUGAAACUGACAAUUAACUAUGACAUGACUAGUAACCUGUAAAAUAUCUUUUAAUUUAUCCAGUAUUUCAAUUCCAUAAGUGGAUUUCGACAUCAGUGUUUGUCCUUAGGUACCUAUGACGGAAUUGCCUGUAGCAAACAUUUUAUAAUAUGUAUAGUAUUCACUUCAACGAUAUUUCAAUUUUAUAGGGGAAUAUCGUUCACAAUAAAUAGGAGUAGGUAAAAUUAGGGCAAUAUGAUUUAUGUUACAAAUGUACUUAGACACAAGACGGUAGGAAGUAUGAGGCAAUCCUAGAAGAAUGGUUAUGAUUAGCACAUAAUAAUAAUGUUUUAUAUUGUGUUUCUGCUCUGAGAUUAUAGGGAAAUAUUAAAACUAGACUUAAUGAAACUUGUUGAUUCAGAGAAGGGAGUUAUUUGAAAUAAAUACUCUAAAAUAAGCUUUUAUAAUACAAUUUUAUAAUGCAAGCUUUCACUUUUCUGAAUAUUAAACAAUAUGAGAGCUAGGAAUGAUCGCAUGACCCAUGUAUUAUAGUAAACUUGUAUAAUUUUCGAUACAAUCAAAUAGCAUUGUAAGAAAAUACUUGUACUUUUUAUACCGUGCCUUCGACCGACGUUUAACUCUUGACGCGAGAUGCUGUUUUUGUUACUUGCUAAGUUCUUUUUUAUUUUUUUUUGUCUAACUUUUUUGUGUGCAGAGUUGCUUUCAUGUUGGUGCUACACUGUAUAAUCUUAUUAUGAAGUGUUAAAAUCAUCAUUGAUAUUUAAGAUAGUGUUAUCUAUCUGCAUUCUGCGUGGUUAUAAGAUCAGAUGAUUUUAAAACGUCAUGAUGUUUGCAUGUCCAAUCGGUGUAUCCUCAACAUCUGAGGGGCGAAUCUCCGUUUAUGUUGUGAAUGAUAGUGAGUUUUACACGACGAUAAUAGUAUAAAAAUAAUACUUGUCUUAAUCCUAGGUCAAACUUGAGCACCGUGUAGUGUAUAAUUUUGUAAUUCUAGAACGCAAUAUUAAUAAGUUGAUAUGCUUUGAGCGAACGUUACGGUUUCAUGUUGUUCAAACCAAAAUUUUGUUGUUAUUGGUGCAAGUUGUACUACGAUAAUUUAUUUUUAAAUAAAAUUUUCAAAAACUUC